AUGCCACCUCGACAACUCAAGUUCCCCACCUUGGAGGAUCUCUUGGAAAUCGAGGAAGCGACACAAGACAUCAAAACCGCCGAUGCCACUCUGCAAGAACUCCAGCAUGAGGAAGUUGCCAUUCCCCAGGAUGAAGAUCAACCUUCAGCCAUGAGAACCAUAGUCAACGCCCUCGUCGCCCUCGUCGCCCUAUUCCUCGCUCUUUUCGGCUUUGGCAUUAGCAAUGCUCCAACCGAGGAGGAAUCACAAACUGUUGCGGCUAUGAAGAAGGUUUCGCUUGAGCGCAAGAAGGCUGAGAAGAGGAUUAAGUGUGCAGAGGCGCACAUGCGUGCUCUUGAUCGACUGGUUGAGGCACAGCAACUUGAUAUAGGUGAUAAUGGGACUGGAAGCUGGGAGAUGAUUGAGAGAUGA